CUCUGCGCCGCUGGUUUGGGGUCAGAAGGUCAGAAGGUGGUCGGCCUUUAGACGCGCGGCUGCACUUGAGUCUGGCUGGAGGAUCUCGGAGCUUCACGCGUGGUUAGCGCCGUCACGGGAGGUUGCUGGUCCAGGCAGGGGGACGGAGCGGCGCCUCUCCUCCGCUGCUCUGGUGAUAUACUGUAACCCCUGCACCAGGAAGAGAGCCGUCCACGUGCUGCUCUCACAGAUGCAGGUCUGAAGGCGUGGAAGCCGAGGCCACAUCCUGUUGGCCGUUGCUGACAGGAACACGAGACAGGUAGCGCGACCGCACGGUGUGGGUGUGAAGACGAGGUCUGGGUUACGUGAAGAAGUAACCAGAGAAGCUGCGCACUGUAAGAGUCGGACGUGUUGGGCUCAGAAGCCUGAUCCCAGCUCCUCUCUCCUCAGCAGCUCCAUGGGCCUGCGCACGGUGGGCAGCCACAGCAGACGGUGGAAGGCAGGACCGCGACCGGAGACACAGGCAUGAGUCCCAGCCUGCAGGCUGCAGUGCUGGCGCUGGCCUCGCUGGCGUCGCUGAGCCUCUGCGCGCUGCUGUGUCUGCGCUGCCGACGGAGGGGGAAGCCCAAGAUCAUCCACGAAGAGACGCAGAUCUACAACCCGCAGGUCUUCUCUCGCGGCGGCAGCAGGUUCGCCGUGGUGCGCUCCAAAACAGUCACCAGAGCCAACCAGAUGAGCCCCGCCGCUCCUGGCAGUGGCAUCUCUUUCAGGGAGCCAGCAGGAGACCCAGCUCCUCGUCGGCCAGGCGAGUCAGAGAAGGACGACACCUACAUUGUUCCUUUCAGGGAUUCGGUCUCAAACGAGUACGAGAAUAAAGAGACGAUUCGGCGCCACGUCAGAUCACAGGACGCCGUGUACCAGAACGAAGUGAAGUCAGACGGUGAGUUGGCCUGCGUUUGGUUUCAGGGAUUCGCCUCCACUCAUUCUGCUUUGUUCGCAGACAGCGACUAUGAGAACUCAGAGUUCCUGGCCACACAGGAAGAAGGUAGAAAAGCAGGUUCCACACUCUGACAACCAUUUCCCAGGAUGACAAAAAUUCCAUUCAAACUUCAAAUAUUUACUUUUAAAUUACCGACAUGUGGAAACAGAAAGCUUACCUCCAUUCAAUAAUAAUAAUAUUAUUAUGCAAAUAACAGGAAUACACGACAUAAAAUCUGAAUUUUAAAAUCUAUUUUUGUUGCUAAAUUUUGGAAACCUGAUUUGAGCCAAUGUUUGCAGUAAAAACAACAUAUUUCUUCUUUUUUUCUUUUCCUACUUCAGUUAUUUUUUAAUAGAUUGUUCAUUUAUAUAUAUAUAUAUAUAUACAUACAUAUGUAUAUAUAUGCGUAAAUGUUGGGGAUUAUUGGUGCCAUCAAUGCAUUGAAAAUAAAUAAAUAAAGGAGAGCAUCUUUUCAUCAGGUUUUCUUGAGCAGUGCGUACAAGUUCGACUGCCAUUGACUCAUGCGCGGGGUUAUUUCAGGUAAUCUGGACGAAGACUGGAAACAGUGUGGGAUUAGAGAAGUCGGAUCAUUAGGUCGCUCAGUUGUUGACUCCCAGCCAGAGAUUAACUGCUGCAGCUGCUAACAGUGUUUACACCGAGUGGCUGCUGGGUUUGGGCUUUCGACACGCAACACUAGCGUCACCGUGUUCGGCAGCUGCUGCUCUCGAGAACACUCUGAGUUCAGGCAGAUUCAGGUGCUACAAAAGUCUCACAUUCGGUCUUCAGUGACAGGGAAACAAAAGCGUGAUUCCUGUCCACUGUUCACCAUUUCAACGAUUGUAAAUAUGUUUAUUCAUGUGGCCGUCACUGACGUUUAAAUGUAUGCAGCUCUUUUGAUUCCCAGAUGUCUUAUCAGUAUGAUACACUGCUUGUUCCACUCCAUCAUUCCAGUGAACUUCAUACAAGUACCAAACUAAAAUGACGUCUGUUAUGUUUUAUGUUUUUUCUUCUCUAACAACUGUGAACUGCUUCU